AUGCAGUCCAAGGAGCUGGAAACCACCGGCAAGUGGUUGACGGAAGAGAAGAUGAAGGCUGAGUAUGACAAGAAGUGGAAAUAUAAUGAAGAUGUGGAGGAUUUUUUUGUUGAGGAUGAAACGACGGUGAAGCUGAAGCGUGCGGAUUUGACCCGCCAAGUGGACACCACAGAGAUGGAUGACAGGGUCUUAGUUAUCGAACUAUUUUUUUAG